GUACAUAUGUUUUAUUGGUAGACAGGUUAUGACGGCUGUGUUUCGAUAUUGACUGUAAGGUACUGAAAAUCUAUAAUGUUACAUACGUCAUCACUUUUUCAGUUCUUACAGUGAAUAUCGAAACACAACCUUAGUCUGCUACACUUCGUCGGCUUGGAGUUGGUUUUGGAGUAAUUUUUCCACGCAGUGUUACUCCAAUCCAUUUUGGAGUAAAAUUUAUUAUACGCCGGGCCAAGUCUCUCGACAGUCUCGACAAGGACAAGGAUAUGUUUUUUCAGCGCAUGAAACGCUUGUUCUCCACGUGGAAGGAUGGACAGGUCGGCACCGAUGAUAGUUUCAGUAAAAUGGAUUGUCGCAUUUGUGCCGUUGGCUAUUACGAUCUCUCUUUUGCAGCAAGUCCAUAGCAUUGCGAGCGAUGGAGACUUUGGGAAUGUUUUCUAAAAAAAAAUGCGAGGAAAAUAUGAAGGUGCCUUUAUGGAUACGUGGAGAGCCACUUUGAAGAACGAAAAUCUUUCGAUAUGGUAAACAGGCACAAAUGAGAAAAAAUUGACUAUCCGAAUACAUGUAAAGUUAAACAUUCAAGGCUGGCAGAAGGUGUAGAUACGGCUAUCACAAAGAAGUAUGUAACUGAAGUAGAUAUUAUGCAGGUGGAUAUGUUGUUACCCUGCUAUUAUACAAAGCGGUGGAAAUUACUGGCUUACAUUUGCCGCCGUUAGUGACAACAAUACUCUCCACUUUGGUGUUGUUUGUUCAUUGGGAGUACGUUACAAAUUUUAUUGUUCAAACAUAGUGAGAACUCUGGUAAACCCCACAAAAAUAAUUGAGGAAAAUUGUAAUUUUUGGUUACAACUGGAAGCGGAGAUCUUGAAAAAGUUAGUCGCAGGAACAAAAUUAAGUAAAGUAUAUGAGGCUGGUAUUAAAUCCAGCAGCCAAGAGAAAAAACGAUUUCUCCUAUUUAUAUUCUAUAUCCUCUUCAUAAUAGUGCGGAUAUGGCGCGAUUCAGAACUUCAAUUCAAACAUGGGUCGAAAACCAAACAUGUCUCAAAAAGAGGUUAUCGAAUUGAUCGAAAAAUAUAUCCAUCGUCUUGCAACAAACGAUUUUCCACUAUAUGGAGACACGUUAUGGAAAACAAUGAGCCAAGAUUUAAAUGGAAGGUGGCUACCUCAUUCUGUUUAUACACACGUGAAGUAUGACAAACGAGGGGAUUUAACACAAGCUCGACGUAAUCAAGGAAUUUGUACAUCUCCGGAAACGAAACCUUAUCUGAUUGAAGAUAAAAUAGAUGAAAUAGAAUCUGAUCAUGAAGAAUUAUGUAUUUCAGAACCAGACGAUGAUUAUGUUCCAGAGGACAUACGAAAUGAAAAUCUACAGGACUGUGACUCUUUCGAUCUCUUACUUACGAGUGAAGAAUGGUCAUUAAUUAAGCCAGAUGAAUCUAAAAGCAAAAACUGAUUGAAGACGGAAACAUGGCCAUCAGUUAUUACUCGAGCAUUCUGGAAAAGGUACAAUUUUAGCUGUGCAUUCUGUGCAAAGUGGUCCUACGUACGCUCUCUCUUUAACCCUCAAGAUGAUAAAUAUUAUUUGAAAUUUUUUGCCUAUUGCAAGGAUAGAACAAAGUGCAAAAAUAUAAUGAUUGGUACAGCAAAUAGUGAACCUACCAGCAAUGGAUUGAGAUUGACAAUUAAAACGCGUGACACUCGUGGAGACUACCAUGUAGAUGUGAAGAGACCACUCAGGGGAGCUGAACGGAAGCAAGUGGGAGAAAAAUUGCAAAAGCAGAGUGCUGCCAAUUAUCAAAAUAAAUUAUUAAGGGAUAAUAUGCAAUUUGGAGACGAUGUUCCACAUUUUGUUCAGGAAAAUUAUAUCUACAGACAAGCGAGGAUGGAGAAGCACAAAGAAAACGCUGGCAUGAAACCCAAUGAGAAAAAUGAUGUGAUUAAAUCACUCCAAAAAAUGUCAACAGAUCCUCGUUAUAUAAAUACCAUACACGAGAUUGGUUGUAUGAAAUUCCACGUUCUAUAUUGCACCCAGGAACAGUUACACAUUUUCAACGAAUACUGUCGAGUAUUAGGAACAUCAUCAUCAAUCUCGAUUGAUGCUUCAGGCCGGUUUGCACAAGCAUUUGAAAUUUGUCCAGGAAGAAUGACUGGUCAUAUCUUUCUAUACACGAUCACAAUCAGAUUUGAGGGCAAAACUAUCUGCGUACAUCAAAUGCUGACAGAAAUCCAUACCCAAGAAUUUAUCGAAUUAUGGCUUAAAUACUGGGUCCGGCUCGGAGCUAUAGCUCCAGGUGAAUCAUGGUCUGAUUAUGAACGUGGAAUACCAAUGUCUUCCUGUUUGACAUUCAAUGGAAAGAGUUUAAAAGAUUAUAUAGAUGACGUUUUCGAGUGGGCAAGGACGACAGACAAGAAAAAAUCUCGACCAGCUAAUACUCUCAUCCGAAUAGAUGUGGCUCAUCUCAUGGCUCUGGUGGCAAGGUGGAAAUGCUUAAAACACAAAGAUCACCCAUAUAUUAAGAACUUUUUCGUUUGUUGUGUUGCUUUAAUGGUGGAUACUCAGAGCAUAGAAGAAUUCCAACAAAUUUUUCUUCUCACUUGUAUCGUCGCAUUACAGCCGUAUGAAGACAAUUUUGUUUCAACGUCAACUAUUAAAAUGACGGUUUUAGAUGCCAGAAAAGAGCUGGAGGGUCACAUGAGUGUUAGGGAAAGAGUUAUUUGUGAUAUUGAGGCUUCAAUGACAUCGUAUCUAGAAGAGAAAGGUAAUACGUCCAAAUCGUUUGAAGAAGGCGAAAAUGGUACACGCACCCAUCAAUGGAUCAAAAAAUUAAUAGCGUCGGUUACACCUUCUGACAUGUCAGGCAAUUCUGUAAACGCUUUUUACUUACCAGACUUUGUCAAGGAGUUAACACGUAUCGCGAAGGAGUUUCCAUUGUGGACUGCUGCAGCAAUUCCAGUUGCUGGAAAACAUGCUUCAACAGCUCAUCAAGAAGGGUAUUUCGCUAUCUUGCGGAAAAGAGUUUUUGAACACAUUCGUUUACCCUGUCCAGGGAAUCGAUUCGUGCUCGAACACCUCCACAGCCUGAACAGUGGCAGCAAUCUGCUUGCUGCCAAAUUGAAACAUUUCAACCAUCAGCGAGAGCUCUUGUCCACUCCCACUCUGAAAAAUGAAACUGUUGAAGAAAAUGAAAAUAGUCAUCCAAAACCUCCACCAAAAAAAAAUCACUUGAUUGAUGAUACUGAUUUAUUCUCUUACGAAAAAUGGAGAGGACUUAAGAACAAACAACUUUUCAUUGUCGAGAAUGAAAGUUCUGAAUCAAUAAUGAAAGAUAAUCUUGACGUUAAAAAAGACGAAUCUCCGAUUCAUAACACUACAACAAUUCUUUCUGAAAUUCUGAAUUAUGAAGCACAGAUCAACAAUCUCGCUGAUGAUUCCACUAAAAAUAAUAAAGAUCAAAAUUUGAAAUUUAUAAAUGACAACUCAAUGGUUAAUGAAAAAGCUGACUAUAAAGUGGUAGGAGAUGAAGUGUUGAAUAAUGAAGGAAAUGAUUUUGACAUUCCUCUCAAUUAUCUAGAGAAGAACCCAAAAAUCAACUCACAUAUAUCAUACAUUACAAAGAGAGACCCAUCUAAUCUUUUUUGCACCUCUCAAGUAUACACAAGCACACCACUUUUGGAUCAUUCAUAUGCUAAACUAAUAUCAAGUUCUGCAGAGAUAUUAUUGGAAGAUAUUGGAAGUUUAGACGAAGAACGUGAUUCACCAAUUAAUGGAAACGGUCAGAGAAAUCCAAAGACUAAAGAAAAUUUCGAUAUAAUACAUUCAAAAAAUCCUACAUUGAAUGCAGAAACAGUUACUAAUACGUUCAUUGCAGAAAAAAGAAGACUGAAGCCCGAGAAUCAGGAAAAAGGGAACAAUGACCAGAAUUUAAUCGCCCCGCAUCCAAAAAAUGAUAUUUUGUGUAAUGAGGAAAUUGUGAGGAAGAUCGUGGGAAAAGUCAAGAAUAACGGAAAACAUGAAAUAGAAGGCAAAAAAAUGAUUUCAAAUGGUUUUUAUUUUCGACCCUACCCUGAAAUCAAAUUACUGAAUGAGAGGAAAACGUCACGGAAAAAAGGAUUUUUGUUACCCAAUGGAUCAAUCUGCAGUUUAAUACGAAUUAAGAAUGCCCAAUAUCUAUGGAAUUUUAAUAAUGAAAAAUUUAAAAAUAUGCCAAUUCAACGCAAUGGAAUUAAAGUUUACGUAAAAAACACCUGUGGGUUUGAUGCACUUGUACACAUCGUACAGUUUUCUGCCCUGGAUAACCCAACGUAUCAUUCAUAUAUAGAAAAUUCAGCCAACACUACAUUGCAAUUAAUCUUCAAUUUUAUGAAAACAGGACUCACUAGUCAAAUUUUAUUAGAUCGCUUAAAAAUUUUAAAUCAAUUUCAUACCAUUGCAAAAAAUCCGAACUCCAUUUCUCUUUCUCCGUAUUUUCUUGACGCAGAGACUUUUAUAACACGUGCAUGGAGCAAUUUUCUUGACAGUGAGCCCAGUGGAUUUAAAACCUAUCAGUGCAGCAAUAAGGAUUGCAUCGGAAAAGAAAUUCAAAAAAUACCAUUUCUCUCCAUCAAUGAGAAUGUAAUAAGACAAAAUGGAUAUCAAGCUUUGCAAGAUGCAUUGCUGUAUUAUCCUCAAAUUUUUAAUAGAAAGUGCCUGCAGCCAGGAUGCACGGGAACUCUUACAAAGAAAACUGAUCUUAACAUUCACAUCUGCAUCGAAUUGGAUGUGAGAGACUGCGCUGCGAGAGAGAGAAGCAUUGAAUGUUCUCUGCAUGACUUUCCCAUCUCUCUCAAUUUAGAACGAAAAUAUCGACUUGCUGGUGUCAUUCAUCAUAUUUCCAGGCACUUUAUUGCCUACUGUCUGCGAGCUUCAGGCUCUUGGAUAUGUUGCGAUGAUUUGAAGGGGAGAAUUGAUACAGUUAAGACCAAGACUGCUAUUGUAAAUCCGCACGCAGUAAUUUAUGUGCUCGAAUGAAAAUAUUUUCAAAUGAACAUAUAGAGAGUGUCAUGCCUUCCUGCAGAUGCUACUAGAGGUGGCUCCAGCGGCGGUUGCCUACGACUCGAGAGAUCAACGUACAAUUCUCCAGAAUGCCAAAGAAGUUGCAACGGCUAAUAAACAUUCCCGACAAAGGAUAAUUGAGAGGUCGUAAGAGAAUACUGAUAUCUAGAGAUACAUAUCGUUUAGAUACAGUUUCUGCGAUUAAGAACGUAAUUGAGCGUAGCGCGAUGAAAUCUAAAUCGGUGGGCGAGUAUCAAGAGUAAAAAUGCAAAUGCGCAAGUCAUUCAAAUAGUCUCUCGGUUUCCGUAUAAUUAUUAUUUGACGAAGAUAUUAAAACUAUGCGCGUUAAGCGCUUUUGAUAAGAAGCACUCAUAUAUACACACAUAUACAUAUAUAAAUAUAUAAAAUAUAUAUAAAAAUCUCUCUCUAGUCCAAAGCUGAACGUUUAACACGCCUAGUUUUAAGGUAUAUGCAUAUAUACUAUGUAUGAGAGAACGCGUCGGGAAUGUGUGCAUUCAGGUCGAAGUUAUUAUCAAGGCGUGUUCAGGAUCAUGCGUGUUCAAGAUCGUUCAAAAUGUUCCCCGAGAAUUAGAAUACUUACUGCAAACGUUUGCAUUUUACGUAAAGAAUCUCUCUUGAUUGAAAGAUGAAAAUUUUAUACGCCAUUUUUGUUUUAUUAAUAAUAAGUGAUAAUUUUCUUCAACCACACUCGCACAUUCCUACUAAAUUACAAUAAAAACUUUCCCGUGCAAUAAAUAUCAAUAUAUUUUCUAUUAAGUUAUAGAAUUAUAUGCAGUCGAUUCGAAAGCGUGAUAAAUUCGUACGACACGUAUCACUGGUUUCCUACAGAUUCUGGAAAAAUGUGUGUUGAGAGACUGUCAAGUAUUUUUGGGUGCGUUCGAGGAGACGCUAUCAGCGCUAUCGUGUCAUUCUUGUAUUAUGUCUAUUCUUGUUUUACGUCUAAUGAACGAUAAAGAUAGAAUACAGUCUGUAGCGCUAAAUAGCGCUAAUAGCGUCUCUCCGAACGCACCCUAUGUCAUUGCGAUUGCGUAAACUGUAUGUAAACACACACACACACACACACCUGAAUAUACCCUAUUUUAAAUACAUGCAAAUGAGAGCAUUAUAUCCUAUGUAUUACAAAGCUCAAGGCUGGGCCCAAGAAAUUAAUCCAUAUAAAAAAAGGUAUAUAUUGUACAAAAAUAUAUUAUUUUAUUACAUGUUAUCUUUAUACAUAGUAUACAAAAUUCAGAAGAAAUAUUAUUGUUAGAUAAUAGAUAGUUGAUGUAAUGAGAAAGUGAUGAGUCAACAUAAAAUAUUUUAAAUGUUUGAAGUUA